AUGGAUGCAAUUGAUUUUUCUUGUGAUAGUGAUUUUGAUGAUCUUGAAGAUCUUGAUGUGAUUCGUAAGAGACUUUCGUUGUCGUUGAACAGUGCUCAUAACUCACCCAAUACUAGUGAUCAUAUAGAAGAUGAUGCUCCGGCAGGUCUUCGUGUAAUGGUCGUGGAUGACAAUACUGCAUGUCUUUUUAUAACUUCCAUUAUGCUUCAAAAGUUCAAUUACGAAGUGACUGGUGUUCGAGGAGGAAGGGAGGCUUUAAAAUUGCUCAAAGAGAAGCCCCGUCAUUUCGAUCUUGUCAUAAGUGAUCUUCAUAUGCCAGAAAUGAAUGGAAUUCAAUUACUCCGCCGCAUAAAGCGGAAAUACGCUACCGUGCCCGUGCUCCUUAUGUCUGGAGAUAUAAAAGCCGAAAUGGUGACAAGAGCGCUAGAGAACGGUGCUGGUUAUUAUCUGUACAAGCCUGUGACUUGUUCUGACUUUGAGAAACUAUGGCAGCAUGUUAUUAAAAUCAAGGUAGACCCAAAGGGGUACGAAAAAGAUAUGGAAAGUUUUUGUCAAGAUUCACCAAGAGAAAAACAGAAGACUACUAGUAGGGUUCCUGUGUCAUCAUCAUCUGAUUAUAAUGAAGGAAAUUCCAGAGCUGAAGUAUCAAGGAAGAGGAAGGAACCUUCAAGAGAACACCCAGGGGAUGGUAAAAGAACUCGCGCUCGGUCUGCUGCUCCAAAGAAGCGAAGAGUUAUCUGGACUGCUGACUUACACAAUCACUUCCUUGAUGCCAUUGAAAAAUUAGGCGUCGACAAGGGUGUGCCAAAGAGAAUACUCGAGUAUAUGAGAAUCCCUGGCUUAACUAGAGAAAAUGUAGCGAGCCAUCUACAGAAAUACAGGAUAUUUGUGAAAAAGCUUGUAGAAAACAACCGAUAUAUCGAGCCAAGUACUGUCAAGUCCUUAGCCAGUAGAGCAUUUCACUCUAACUUUGCUACGGAUGAGCCUGCGCCGAUGAAUUUACCACAAAACUUUUCUCAAAGAACACCCAAAUACUCAUUUGGCUCAUUUCAAUCGGGAUCAGGAGAUGGAAAUUUUAAGGGUCUCAACACUCAAACCCACACUUCACAUCUUAGUGCUUCUAUGGUUGCUGCAGGAUUUCAACUUGGUCAAUCAUCGAUCACUCCGAUGAACAACAACAACAAAGGCUUAAUGGCAUCGACACAACAACCGAGGCCUACAACUAGUGUUGCUGCUGGAAAUGCGUCGUCAUUUAAUCAGCAAAACAUUGUUGACAUUGCAAAUGGAAACCAGAAUACCACCACAAUUAGGCCUUCUCGAUCGAUUUUAAACAUGUCAAUGGGAGGCGGAAGAAGUGGUAGGGGCACCAUGCAACUAGUUCAUCAGCAAAAUCUAAUGAGGUGGAGAAACAAUGGCCAAAGUGCUGGACUACUUAAUACCAGCACUGGCCCUAUCUACGAAAGAGGUAACUUUCAGAGGCAGGAUAAUAAUGCAUAUGUGGCAAAUAUGGGAACAACUUCAACCAUCGGUUCAUCAUUCGUUGGUAAUUCAGCCCAACCCUCUACCCUCAAUUCAACCAACUUUACAGGAAUUCAGAUUAUCAAUGACAACACCAACUCUCGUGGAACACUACAUAUUGGUCCUAUGGUUAGUACACCCUCAAAUGACAACAACGUAGACAACAUGGACUAUAGCUUCACUAACAUGCCAACAUCAUAG